CGCGUUACCCCUCUCCGGAACCUGCCACGUUCCCUCCCCUUCUUCCCCUCCUCCCCCUCUCUUUCUCGCUCCCUCACCAUGUAUGUCCUCCUGAUCGGCGACCUGCACAUCCCUCACCGCAGCCUCGACCUGCCGGCUCGCUUUAAGAGCCUCCUGCUCCCCGGCAAGAUCGACAUGGUCCUGUGCACCGGCAACCUGAACACUCGCGAGAGUCUGGAGUACCUGCGUACCAUCGCCAACGAUGUGCACGUUGUGCGCGGUGAUUUCGAUGAUCCUACUCUCUCCCUGCCCGAGAGCAAGGUCAUCCGUGUGGGUAAGUACAAGUUUGGCCUCUGCCACGGCCACCAGGUUAUCCCCUGGGGCGAUGCCAACGCUCUGGCGGCCCUGCAGCGCGAGCUCGACGUCGAUGUUUUGGUGACCGGUCACACGCACGCCCUCUCCGUCGAGAAGACCGUCGACGGGAAGCUCCUGCUGAACCCCGGCACCGCCACCGGCGCUUUCUCCCCCUGCACCCUGAACAACCUGACCCCCUCGUUCAUUCUUCUGAAUGUCGAGGAUGAGUCGAUCGCCCUCUUCUCCUACACCCUGGGCGACGAUGGUGUCCCCGUCAUUGAUCGCCAGAGCUUCCCCUAAAGGGAAUCGACGGUCUUCUUCUCUGUCUUCCCCCCCUCUCUUUCCCUCCGUUCUUAUCCCCUGUAGGCUGUGCCUCCGGGUCCGCCACCCUGUGCAUGUCGCGCGGUGUUCGCUAGUCCUGUGCAUGUACAUGGCGUCCCCCCCCCCCCCUGCCCUUCUGCUAUCCUCUUUCGCAGCAUAGUCUUCACCCCUCUUCCCUGCAAAAAAUACAAAUCCCCUCUACACACACACA